GUGCGUAUGCAGCGCCGGCUCUUAGAGCAAAGAUACAUUCCGAGUGACACCAUCCAGAACCCUCUUUCAAAUCCUCAUCUUGGUGACGCUUGGCUGAACUCGUUGCGAUAUCAUAAUCAUUCUUUUGAUCUCGGUGUUGGAGCAAAUCUACACGACAUAAAACGAAAUCAAUCAUCUUCACCAUGGUGGAACACGAUACUAUCCUCAAGGGUUUCCUUGACCACUGUGAGAAGACACCAGAUGCGGUGUGGCUCACUCAGCCCAUGGGUGGCGAUGAGAUCAAGACUUUUACCUUCAAGCAGGUUUUGGAGGAAGCCCAGAAAAUGGCAGGCUACCUUGAAUCGAAGGGUUUCGAAAAGGGCUCCAAGAUUGCCAUUUGCUCCAAGAAUUGUGCAUGGUGGAUCAUUGCCGACAUUGCCAUUUGGAUUUCUGGACAUGUCUCCGUUCCUGUCUAUCCUACCUUGACGGGCGACACUGUUUCCUACAUUUUGGAACACUCGGAGAGUAAAUUGCUCUUUGUCGGAAAACUCGACAAGAAACCAUGGGAUGAAAUGAAAUCCGGCGUCCCUGCUGACAUGGCCAAGGUCUCUUUUCCGCUCAAACCUGAAGGAGACUGGGGUGAUACAUGGGACGAUGUGAUUGGAAAGACUGAACCCAUCAAGGCCAUGGUCGAACGCUCGGCUGACGAGAUGGCUACCAUUAUCUACACCUCUGGAUCGACUGGAAAGCCCAAGGGUGUCAUGCAGAAUUUCAAGGGGCUGACCGUUCCCACUCAGGGCAUGGUCAAACUCUACAAUGUCAAUGCAAAGGAUCGAUACCUCUCCUACUUGCCUUUGUCCCACGGUAUGGAGCGUUGGUUGGGAGAAUGUUUGCCCAUGUACUGCGGAGAAAAGGUCUGGUAUGCGGACUCCCUGACCACCUUUGUGGCGGAUCUCGUGCGAGCAAAACCAACACUCUUCAUGUCGGUCCCCCGUCUGUGGACCAAGUUCAACCAGGGUGUUUUGACCAAAAUGCCAGAAAAGAAGCUCAACUUUUUGAUGAGCAUUCCUUUUAUUGGAUGGCUUGUCAAGCGAAAGGUGUUGAAGGGACUUGGUUUGGAUUGUGUCCGUAUUGCUGGCUCUGGUUCUGCCCCCAUUCCCCAAGAACUGUUGGACUGGUACCGAAGACUCGGACUCAACCUGCUCGAAGGAUAUGGUAUGACUGAGAAUUUCAACUAUUCUCACAUUUCCAUGGCUGGCCGUGUGCGCCCUGGCUACGUUGGAGAGCCCUAUGCUGAUGUCCAGCACCGAAUCAGUGACGACGGAGAGAUUCAAGUUUUGAGUCCUGGAAUUAUGAUGGGUUACUACAAGAACGAGGAGGCCACCAAGGAAACCAUGUGUGAUGAUGGCUGGUUGAGGACCGGAGAUCGUGGAGAGAUUGACGAAAAGAACCGAUUGAAGAUCACCGGCCGUCUGAAGGAAAUCUUCAAAACUUCCAAAGGAAAGUAUGUGUCACCUGCGCCCAUAGAGAACAAACUCAAUGUCAGUUCUCGAAUUGAGUUGUCCUGCGUGAGUGGUUCUGGUCAUCCCCAGCCCAUGGCUAUCAUUCAGCUGUCCGAGGCUGCCCGCAAGGAGGCGGGCGAAGAAAAGGGACGAACCGCCAUUGAAGCUGAACUCGAAGAGUUGAUGAAGACAGUCAAUGGCGAGGUUGAUCCUCAUGAGGCUCUGCAAUUGUUGGCAAUCGUAAAGGAUGAGUGGCAACCCGAAAAUGGUUUCCUCACUCCCACUCAAAAGAUCAAGCGCGGCACUAUUGAGGAUGCCUACAAGGGCAAGUAUGACGAAUGGUAUGGCGCCAAGAAGAAGGUCAUCUGGUACGGAUGGUAAAGCGUUAUGCCUACUGGUACGACGGAAAAAGUCUGCGCCACCAUUUUCUUCCUGGCAUAGUGGGUGCAGCCCGAAGUCUCUCCUGCAUUUGUUGGCACGGAGAAAUCAACCUUCUGAUUAUGAGUGUUCCAUUGGUUUUAGUAUAUUUGACAGAGUGUGAUUUUAAUUAAUUAGCUAUUGAUUUGGUCUUCC